AUGCCGCGAUCAUUUCUGGUCAAAAAAGUCAAACACCCGAUAGACCACAGCGGGAAGUGGUAUUAUAAACAACCGUUGAGUCCUACCGAAGGCGAGACAGCACCAUCUCCCUGUCCAUCGACACUAUCACCCAAUCCAAACUACCUCAAUCUAAACUUCUGUUAUAAUGGAUAUAUUCAUCAACAAGAAGUCAUACAUAACAAGAGCUCAAGUCAUGAGACAUCUAUUGUUGAAGAGUCCGCUGAGGAAAAGGAAUUGGAUUUAAGCAAUAAAAAGGGUCAUAAAAUUAUAGACAAUUGUCGACCACAAUCAUCACAAUCACCACAACCAUCACUAUCACCACAAAGACCGGAAUCGUCGGCCUCUACUUUAUCUCUUUCCUUAAAUAACAACGACUUUCAUAAUACUAACAGUAAUGGCAUUAAUGACAAUAUUGACGACUCAAAUGAUGACAAAUCAGACCACAAACCAAACGUAACAAUAAGCUAUACAUACGAUGCCUUCUUUAUCAGCGACGGUCGGUCUCGAAGACGAAACACAACGAAUACAACCGCCUCUUCUGUGAGCCCACAAUCUGAGCCCAAAGAGAAGGCGCGAUACACGUGCUCUGAAUGUGGUAAACAUUACGCCACGUCAUCCAACCUUUCCCGACACAAACAGACACACCGGAGCCCUGACUCACAGUUGGCAAAGAAGUGUCCCACCUGUUCCAAGGUUUACGUCAGUAUGCCUGCCCUCGCUAUGCAUGUGCUAACACAUAAUUUGAAUCAUAAGUGUGAUGCCUGUGGUAAAGCAUUUUCGAGGCCAUGGCUUUUGCAGGGUCACAUGAGGUCUCACACGGGAGAGAAGCCCUUUGGGUGCGCCCAUUGCGGCAAAGCUUUUGCCGAUCGAUCAAAUCUUAGGGCUCAUAUGCAAACUCACAGUACAUUUAAGCACUUCCGAUGCCAGCGAUGCAACAAAUCGUUUGCAUUGAAGUCCUAUCUGAACAAGCAUUAUGAGUCAUCCUGUUUUAAAGACUCGACGUCAGUGCCCGCCAGUCCCAACUCGUCCGUGUCGUCACCAGCACCGGCCACACCACAUACUCACUCUCCCCGAUCUCUACAUUCACCGCACAGUCCAUACUCACCUGCAGAUCAAUCACUUCUAAUGCUAAACCAAAGUGAUAAUAACAGUAAUAGCAGUAGUGGUGGAUCUCAUCACAGCAUAAAACAGUAUACAACUCGAGGAGUGGGCUCACAGUGCCAGUCAUUCACUCGCCAAUUGAGAUGAAAAUCUAAAUUAAUGGCCAAAAUCUAUGAUGAAAUGGGUUUGCAUUAAAUGGCUUUAGUUUUUAUUUACGAUACAACUGGAGUC